AUGAGAAACCUAGCCGGCUUUAGUUUCUUUCUCCUUGCGGGCCAUGAAGCCAUAGCGGCAAUCCUGCCACGAGCGUAUCGCCCAAAAGAGGAAAUCAUCCUCGCUGACUGCGGUAUUGAAUCGGGCGGACAAUCUUCCUCUCGACAGGUUGGAUACUAUCCUGGAGGGCGCAGCCCCAGCGGAGGCAGCGACUGGCUCCAGCCCGAAAUGAUUGCAGAGGUGCCCUGGGACGGUUCCUAUCCCUGGAGAACCUCGGGCGUGUCAGUCAAAUUCCCCAACAACGACGUCUUCAAAAUCUGGAUCGACCCCUCCGUCAAGGACUGGGCCGAAUCCAAGACAUACGCCGGAACCUCCUCGCACACGUUUGAAGAACACGCCUUCAAGUGCUGGGCCGAACAUGGCAAGCAUGUCUUUGACCUCGGCGACGGCACCAAGUGUACGUCCGCGUACAUUUGCUACCACGAGCCCGAAGGCGGCGCGGCCCAGGACCCUGUGAAGAAGCAGGUCACCGAGUCCAAGUUUACCAUGUCCAAGGACCAGGUAACCGUCAGAGUCCAAGGCACCACCAAGGACGAGGCGGCCUGGGAUCCCAAGGCAGCCUUUGGCAACAUCAACGACGCUUUGGAGGACGUCCAGUGCAAAGACCAGUCCUACAAGAUUGGAAACGACUGCAGCAUCAAAUUCGAUUGUCUGUUCACCUUGCCCAACCGGGCGAACCAGCUCGCUCAGGUCCUGACGGACGCCGUUGCUCCGGCGGUAGCAGGUACCAAGGCCACCCAGACGGGCCAUUACAACGGACAGUGCCGACCCGGUGGUCUUUGCGAGCCCGGAUACGAGUUCAAGUACUAUAAUUAUGAGUACCCCACGACGGGCACCGUGCUUGUGCGACACUAUGCCGAGGGCGACGAGAACUCCACUGGACUUCAAGCUUAUGUGAAGUGGACAGUCACCUGCAACUCUGGCGGGUUCUGUGGAACUUUCUGCGACAGCAAAAUCAAUGACAUUUUUGGUGUUGUCACAGGAAUCGUCGGGGGAGUGUCGCCACUCGAACCUGUCUGCCUGCUCUGUUAA